AUGGAAACAACUCAAAGGCGCAGCACGUUCCGAGAGCAAUUGACGCGCCCUUAUCGUGGCAAUUCAAGUCGUCAACGACGCAGUCAUGACCGACAGCAGAGCGAGUGCAGUCGACACAAGAGAAGCCGCAGUUGCAGUCGCAGUAGUGAGCGGAAACUUCGCUCAAAGAAGGAGAAAAAGCGUCACAAGAUCAAGCAGAUGAGGGAUAAACCACGAGCGCAAGAGAGUUCGGAGGCCGAUGUGUUGUCAGUACAAAGUGCUUUUGAACCAAUCACCGAGCAGGAAGAAAAAGAACCCGAACAGGCGACGCCCGUUGAUGUCAAGAGGUUUUUCGAACAGCUCCAAAAGCAGGAAGUUGCAAAGAAACCAGUGGGUACCGUGCACUCUCGCGGUGUGCCGCCCCCAGUAUCGGCCACAGCAAUGUGCAAGUCGGACAAAUGGGAGUGCAGCAAAGCUACGUGUGGCCACACGAAUUCGAAACACACACCUGCAUGUACGAAGUGCGGUGCUUUGAAGCGCAUGACCGAGUGGCGAUAG